AUGUCACAUUCAGUUCAGGCCUCAAAUGAUUUGUUACCGACUUCGGUGAAUGCUGCCCUUUCGAUUGCAGAAUUACCUGCCAAAUGCCAGUUAAUGUCAGCCCAUCCUCCUGGCUUCAAGUUGUCCUCCUUCCCACGAUCUGUGCGUCAAGAACUGGUCCCUCCAUCCAGGGUUACCCCAAUAAACGUCUGCAAACUUCAGCAUGAGUUAUGCCUUCACCCCAAUCAAGCAUUGGUGGACUAUGUAAUUUCUGCUCUUAGCUUUGGUUUUCGUCUUGGUUUCAGCCCAGAGUCUGUUUCCUUAAAAUAGGCAAGUCAAAAGAUGCCUACGGUGUGUUUUCAGCCUUCGGUAAUUGACCACUCUCUCAUCACAGAACUUGAGAAAGGUCGUGUUGCUGUCCCCUUCUCAACCUCUCCUUUAUUACACCUUCACAUCAGUCUCUUUGGAAUGACUCUGAAGAAAUACUAGCCCGGCAAAUGGCGGCCUAUUUUGGACUCGUCUAGUCCCCAAGGUCACAGUGUUAAUGACAGGAUUACAAAAGACCCAUUUCAGUUCAGCAAAUGAAGGUUGACAAUAUCAUUGAUGGCAUCAUGAUCCAUGGUCGAGGAACUCUUUUGGCUAAAUUUGAUGUAGAAAGUGCAUAUCGCAUCAUUCCUGUGUAUUCUCAUGACUGUUACCUGUUAGGCAUAAAAUCGCAGGGGAAAUACUUCAUUGAUUUGGCCCUACCCUUUGGUUUACGCUCGGCUCCUUUCAUGUUCUCUUCCUUUGCUGACCAGCCUGAGUGGAUUCUAAAACACAAUUAUCAAGUACAAUUUCUAUUACAUUACUUGGAUGACUUCCAUACCUUGAGCCCUCCGGACUCUCCUGUUUGCCAACGAAACCUGGAUAUCUGUGUUCUUCACUUUUCAGAGAGUGGUAUUCCCCUCCACGCUGAUAAGCUUAAGGGCCCUUCCAUGUGUCUGACUGUCCUAGGCAUUGAGUUGGACUCGCUGACUUUUCGGGCUCGCCUCUCUCAGGAGAAGUUUAACCAUAUUGCUGCUCUUUUGGACACCUGAUCUUCCAAACAGCACUGUACAAGGAAGGAACUGGAAUCUUUAAUUGGGCAUAUAUGACAACAUGCUUGUAAAGUGAUUCCCCCAGGACGGACUUUUCUGCGUCAAAUGAUUUAUUUGUUGUCCGCCUUUUGACGGGAUGACCACUCGAUGAGGCUGAACAACGACUUUCGUUUCAACCUUACCUGGUGGAGAGAAGUUUUCCAUUACUGGAACAGUUUCAGUUUCCUACUUUCAUCACAGCGGGCACCUCUACCUGACUUUCACUUCUCUUCAGUUGCUGUUGGUGCAGGGGGUUAUGGGGCCAUUUUUAAUGAAGUGGUUUGUUGGCGAAUGGUCCUAUGCUCAACAACCUUUAUUCAUUGCAUACAAGGAAUUAUUCCCGGUGGUAGUGGCAGCUUACUUGUGGGGCCAUGUCUGGGUCUAAAAACGCAUUGAAUUUCGUUCCCACAAUAUGGCUGUGGUCAGUGUCUUGCGCUCGGGGACGUCCAGGGAUCCUAACAUGAUGGUUCUUCUUUGUCACCUGUUGCUUAUAGCUGCUUGUCAGUCCUUUGUUUUUACUGCCUGUCAAACAGCCGGGAGGGACAAUAUCAUUGCUGACUCGUUAUCCCAUUAUGAUUUUCACAGGCUGCCCUUGGGGCAACUCCAGUACCUCCAUCACUGCUGGCCCAGCUUCCAUGGUUUGACGGAAAAAUGCCAAUUUACUUGGCAAAUGGCCGAUCACUAGCACAACGGACCGCUGAGGUAUCAGUUUCCUCCUCUGAUAAUAUCGAAACCCACCAACUAUGAGCGAGGAUCGUGAUACACCAAUCACUAACAAACACGGUGGUAAACAUAGUCCGGCUCAGUAAAUCGACAGUAUCGCUUGGUGGAGAAUUGCAGUGUGCGGUUGAAAUUCCGUGAUCAAUAAAGUGACAAACGUAAGACAAACGAAAAACUAAACCCUUUAAUCCAUUUCGAAUUCGCAUAUUAUUAUCUUUCUUUCUUAUUCAUUUGGAAUUGAAACAACGGAUAUGUUCAAACUCUACCCAUAGUUCCUCGAAAACCAUACCCGAUUUCAGACCGAACUUGAAGUGUACUUUCAGUAUAGCAUACAUGAAACAUCUGGGGUACAAAGGUUGAUGGGAUUAAUUAUUAAAAGCAUGGCAGAUUAGAUCUGGAGUGUUCCCUCUCUAGACUUAACAAGACACUAUCGGAGCAUACACUUGGGCAUCGAUAUAUCACGCAGAUGGCAGGAUUUUUUGAGUCAAGCACGCAUGAGUGCCGCAAUGCUGUUAAUUGUUAAGUAUUGGUUGAAAUGGGUGAAAAAGGGAAUGUGGAUGAGUUUUUCCUUGGAAUUAAUAAUGUAAACUGGCUCACCAAAUACCAAACACACACUAUUACCUAUAAUUGUUAUGGACUGAGAGCAAUCUCUCCAUUUCGAGUAACAAGCGAACAAGAGAGUGAUCAGCUAAGCCAUGAGGGGUCGAGGAAAUGGGGAGCUCUCACUCUUUUUCCUGCACCUUCCCCUCAUGUCUCGUUUCGCUUGCCACUCGCACGUGACUUCUCUGGGAGAGAUUGCUCACAGGCUGUUACGGCUUUCAAUUUGUGAGAGAUGGUUGCAUCGUCAUCAUAAUAGCUCACUCAAUUCCAAGUGUACCCGUACCCCCUAAUAGCAUUGUGAAGUGCUGACAUCUCCUAUAGCUUUCGACAUCUGAGCAAAAGCAGACAAAUUGCCCCAACUCCCGUGUUAAGCAAGAGCCGUCAAUUCCAAUCACUUUUGGCGAGAUAUAUCUCCAAUUAUAGGAAGAAAUCGCUCUGUUUCUGGGUAAAAAACAAUCUUCUUCCAAACUGAAGAGUAUUCCAGAUGUUGUUUUAAAAUGGUGAAAAUGCUUCGCCAUAAUUUCUUAAACUGUUAAACACGGUCAAGACGAGAUCUCAAGACUCAUGAGGUUACUGGUAGAGAGUAACAAUAUAAACAUCGAAAAAAGAGUCCUCUACUCUUUUUUCACAUCAGGCUUCAAAAAGAUCAUAGUAGUCUCAUGUACUGAUUAAAGUUGUGUAAGUCAUGGGUAAGGAGCAUGAAAUUGGCUAAAUGUUUUUGUCUGAUGUUGGGGUAAACUAAACAUGCAAGUAAACUCAACAAAGACAAAACGACUUUGUGUAGCAUUUUGUAACUUUAAAUUCAUCAUAAAACAGUGUGAAAACAGCAACAAUUUAUAGACACAUUGAAUUCUGCAGGGCUGAUCGUACUAGUCUACAUGAAAAUUAUAUUUGCAAGACAUCAACACGACACUGAUAGAUUCCAAAACAAAGCGUGGUUGUAGCCGUCAACAGCUGUGUUGGUGAAAGGAAAAACCUGCAAGACAUGGGCUGCCGCUGAUUAUUUUUCUUUGCAAUGCAGAACCAAGACAGGCAAUCCAAGAACCAAUAAGAAGCUAAAAGAGAAGAUGAAGAUGAGAUACAUAAAGGGAGGAGACGAUGACGAGGAAGAUGAGUAUGUGUUCACUGUAAAAUCAGUGACACAGCCUAAAAAAGUGGAGGUGAUUGUGGGUGGAUGUGUUAUGAAAAGGGCGACUGAUUCAGGGGCGAGAACUAAUGUUGUACACAAAGGCCUAUGGAGUGAGCUAAAGCGGCCAAAGAUAGACUGUGUAUCCAAGAAGUGUGACAAGAGGCUUUACGCAUAUGGAAACAAGGAGCCAUUAAAUAAAAGUUGAGGACAUUUUCAGCAUUGACAAAAGUAGCUGAGAAUGAAGUUCAAGCUGAAUUUGUUGUCAUUGAUGGUGAAGGAAAAGCACUGCCUGGAAGAGAAACUGUCCUGCAACUAGGAGUGUUGAAGUUAGAUGUUCAAGUUUAUGUGCUGCAGUCCAAAGAGGAGAUCAUGUCAGAUAACAAAAAAGUGUUUGAUGGUGUGGGCAAGCCAAAAGAAUAUCAGGUCAAGAUACAUGUUAAUCCCAAUGUACCCCCGGUAGCUCAGCCAAUCAGGCACACUCUGUUCAGCCUCUGUGACAAGGCGAAGAAAAAGGUCGAGGAAGUUGUUUGGAUAUUAUUCAAAUGA